UAGAACAAGUUGGCAUGCCCGACCAUUCAAACAAAAAUAGCGGCAUCGAAUUUAUUAUUAUUUUUCAUUAAAAUGGAGAAAAAUAAGCGCAGGAGUUCGUUGCGGCAGCCGCCAGCCAGAGAUGACGAUCAGGCAGCGGCAGCGGGGACGCAGAAUUGCGUGCUCAAGCGUCGCAUCAGCUUUAGUGGCAAGAAGUCCGUGAGAGAGUUCGUGAAUACGGAGGAGCCUCACUAUUGGGAAGACUCCUACGAAUUAUCGGAUUGCACCAAUGGCGAAGACAACAGCAGAGAGAAGGCGCCAAAAGCUGGCCCCAGCCAGCAGGCGCCGACAGCGGACAAAGAGAAUAUACCCCUGCAGUUUGAACAUCCAAGCACCAGAAUCGAUAUGACGUUGAACCUGCGGACGAGCAUCGAUGUGCCCCGUUCGGUGCCCCGCGAGUCGCUGUUUGCCGAAAGUCUCUCUCUCUCUUCGAUGGGGCGUGACAAGCUUAAGGAUACGCUGUACAGCUAUCCAAUUACGGACAAGACCAUAGAUCUGAUGCAGAUCUCAUCCAAAGUUAGGGAAGACUGCUCGGAGUUGUCCUCGUUUGAAAUGGAACAUAUGAAAACACAACCAACGAAAUCUGUGGGUGAUUCCUUUAUGGACAUCACGCCACUGGGAUAUACUGGUCCAGGUACUUCUGCAGCUGCUGCAGUCCCCGUCCCAGCAGAAAAGGAGAAUGUUGAUCCUGUUCAGAAAUUGGUGCAUAUGGAGGUGGAAGAGGGCCAAAAGGAGAUCCAGAGGCAGGCAGAUAUAUCCUUUGACUGGGACAUGAAUGAUUCCGAUGCCAGAGACCGACUGCCGUCACAUGGCUUCUUUCAGACAGAGCCCAACAAUAGUACCAUCAACUACCUGGGAGACGAGUCUGUUCUCAUUCCAUUCGACAUGAUUUCUGGGGAAAACAUCAGCAAGAACCUGAACUUUCGUCAACUGAACGAUGACCUGGAAGCGGGAAAGAUUAAGGUCUUUGCGAACGGCCCCAGGACCCCGUGCACAGAUCGCAAGGUCAAGCAGAUGUUCUGGCAUGGCCUAGAUGAGGAUCAGGAUCAGGAUCAGGAUCCAAUGGACAUCAACAUAAGGAGCAUCAAGCCGCGAGCAACUUUAAAUUUCAGUGAGAAUAUGACCAUGUCCCCCUUGGCACAAACAGCGCCAGUAGCGGCAGUAGCAGAGCCGUUGCCGCGGGAAAAGCUAAAGAUACCGGAUGAUAAGCGCAAGUAUCGGGUCUCGCAGGCGGAUGAGAUGAUGCUGGACAACACGAACUUCCUGGCACAUGCCAAAUUGGGCGAUGAGACCCAAUCUCGCAAUAGUUCCAAGGUCUUAUCGAGGAGAGAGUCUACAUAUGAAAGCUCGGAGAUCGAUUUGGGAACGCCCAAGAGGAACAGCAGCUGCAGACAGGACUUCCAACCAUCCACCAUGCAGGAGGCACCAUCGAAGCAUUCCAAGCCCAGACAGACCAUUCAUCUGCCUGUGGAAAUGGAGCAGGAUGUGUUUCAGUUGGAAGAAGCUGCUGCCGCCAUCCCUCCAGGGCGCGCCUCCGCCUCUGCCAGACGUACCAUCAGCCUGAACGAGUCCAUGGACCAGGAAAAUAUUGUCGACGAGAAAGCCACAGUCAUCCAGUCCGAGGAUAACGUGCCGCGCAAGCACACCAUAUCGAAACGUAGGGAGACUUUGCUCAUGGAGGAGAGCAUGGAAGAGGAUAUUAUAAGUCCUCUCAAGGAGCUGCAUCUCAAGGGGAAUGCUCAUCCGGCAAAGGGACCUAAGUCCCGUCACACUCUCCACUUGGCGGAACCGUUGGAGGAAGACGAAGUCCACCCCCGGAAUGCUGCAGCCACUGAGGCCAUAAGUAAAGAUCGUAGGCACCUGGCUGAAGCCGUUCAGGAGCAUCUUCAAAUGGGCAAUCAGAGGUCCAAAGCUAGGCAGACUAUUCUUCAGGAGGAACCAAUAGAGGAAGAUGUUGACAAUGCAGCUACUGGGGCCAUAAGGAAUGAAGCGGUUCAGCAGAAUCUACCCAUGGGAAAUCAGAGAUCGAAAGCCAGGCAGACUAUUCUUCAAGCGGAACCAAUAGAGGAAGAUGUCACCGCAACGGGGGCAAUACAAAACAAAUCCUUUCAGCCGAAUCUACAAAUAGGAAAUCAGAGAUCCAAAGCCAGACAGACUAUUCUUCAAUCGGAAGCAAUAGUGGAAGAUGUUGACGAUGCAGCCACUGGGGCCAUAAGGAAAGAUUAUGAGCACCUGGCGGAAGCCGGUCAGAAACAUCUACCAAUGGGAUAUCAAAGAUCCAAAGCCAGACAGACUAUUCUUCAGUCGGAACCAAUAGAGGAAGAUGUUGAUGAUGCAGCUACUGGGGCCAUAAGGAAAGAAGCCCUUCAGCAGAAUCUACCAAUGGGAAAUCAGAGACCCAAGGCUAGACAGACUAUACUUCAGGCGGCAGCAAUUGAGGAAGAGUUUGACUAUGCAGCCACAGGGGCCAUGAGGAAAGAUCGUAAGCAGCUGGCUGAAUCCGUUCAGGAACAUCUACCAAUGGCGAAUCAGAGAUCCAAAGCUAGCCAGAGUAUUCUGCAAUCGGAAGCAAUAGAAGAAGAUGUUGAUGAAGAUACUGGGGCCAUAAGGAAAGAUUAUGAGCACCUGGCGGAAGCCGGUCAGAAACAUCUACCAAUGGGAUAUCAAAGAUCCAAAGCCAGACAGACUAUUCUUCAGUCGGAACCAAUAGAGGAAGAUGUUGACGAUGCAGCUACUGGGGCCAUAAGGAAAGAAGCCCUUCAGCAGAAUCUACCAAUGGGAAAUCAGAGACCCAAGGCUAGACAGACUAUACUUCAGGCGGCAGCAAUUGAGGAAGAGUUUGACUAUGCAGCCACAGGGGCCAUGAGGAAAGAUCGUAAGCAGCUGGCUGAAUCCGUUCAGGAACAUCUACCAAUGGCGAAUCAGAGAUCCAAAGCUAGCCAGAGUAUUCUGCAAUCGGAAGCAAUAGAAGAAGAUGUUGAUGAAGAUACUGGGGCCAUAAGGAAAGAUUAUGAGCACCUGGCGGAAGCCGGUCAGAAACAUCUACCAAUGGGAUAUCAAAGAUCCAAAGCCAGACAGACUAUUCUUCAGUCGGAACCAAUAGAGGAAGGUGAUGACGAUGCAGCUACUGGGGCCAUAAGGAAAGAAGCCCUUCAGCAGAAUCUACCAAUGGGAAAUCAGAGACCCAAGGCUAGACAGACUAUACUUCAGGCGGCAGCAAUUGAGGAAGAGUUUGACUAUGCAGCCACAGGGGCCAUGAGGAAAGAUCGUAAGCAGCUGGCUGAAUCCGUUCAGGAACAUCUACCAAUGGCGAAUCAGAGAUCCAAAGCUAGCCAGAGUAUUCUGCAAUCGGAAGCAAUAGAAGAAGAUGUUGAUGAAGAUACUGGGGCCAUAAGGAAAGAUUAUGAGCACCUGGCGGAAGCCGGUCAGAAACAUCUACCAAUGGGAUAUCAAAGAUCCAAAGCCAGACAGACUAUUCUUCAGUCGGAACCAAUAGAGGAAGGUGAUGACGAUGCAGCUACUGGGGCCAUAAGGAAAGAAGCCCUUCAGCAGAAUCUACCAAUGGGAAAUCAGAGACCCAAGGCUAGACAGACUAUACUUCAGGCGGAAGCAAUUGAGGAAGAGUUUGACUAUGCAGCCACUGGGGCCAUGAGGAAAGAUUAUGAGCACCUGGCGGAAGCCGGUCAGAAACAUCUACCAAUGGGAUAUCAAAGAUCCAAAGCCAGACAGACUAUUCUUCAGUCGGAACCAAUAGAGGAAGGUGAUGACGAUGCAGCUACUGGGGCCAUAAGGAAAGAAGCCCUUCAGCAGAAUCUACCAAUGGGAAAUCAGAGACCCAAGGCUAGACAGACUAUACUUCAGGCGGCAGCAAUUGAGGAAGAGUUUGACUAUGCAGCCACAGGGGCCAUGAGGAAAGAUCGUAAGCAGCUGGCUGAAUCCGUUCAGGAACAUCUACCAAUGGCGAAUCAGAGAUCCAAAGCUAGCCAGAGUAUUCUGCAAUCGGAAGCAAUAGAAGAAGAUGUUGAUGAAGAUACUGGGGCCAUAAGGAAAGAUUAUGAGCACCUGGCGGAAGCCGGUCAGAAACAUCUACCAAUGGGAUAUCAAAGAUCCAAAGCCAGACAGACUAUUCUUCAGUCGGAACCAAUAGAGAAAGAUGUUGACGAUGAAGCUACUGGGGCCAUAAGGAAAGAAGCCCUUCAGCAGAAUCUACCAAUGGGAAAUCAGAGACCCAAGGCUAGACAGACUAUACUUCAGGCGGCAGCAAUUGAGGAAGAGUUUGACUAUGCAGCCACUGGGGCCAUGAGGAAAGAUUAUGAGCACCUGGUUGAAGCCGUUCAGGAGCAUCAUGUGCCCACUGGAGAUCGUUCGUCGAGAUCUAGGCAAACACUGCUUACGGCAGUACCCAUCGAGGAAGACCAUUCCAUUGCAUACCAGAGUUUCAAACCGAGAAACACUCACGAAUCCAGGGAGGAGUCGGUGGCCUUCAAAUCCAAAAAUACUCUUAUGCUGGCGGAACUCAUUGAAAAUAUGACAGCCUUUCGGACGUCUAAAGCUCGCCAGACUCUGCUCUUGGCCACCUCCAUGGAGGAGGAGGAGCAGUUGAGGGAACCACCACUCGAGAAGUCUACAAAAGUGGCUCCAAAUCGUGGAUCCCGGGCUGAACAGACAUUGAUCAUGUCUGAAUCUAUGGAAGAGGAGGCGGAGAAGGCGGACGACUUCCAGAGCCCCCUUCAAUCAACAGGAGCUCCUCCGGAGCUCCUUCCGAUCACUCCCAUGCUGAAACAAAACCGAUCAGGGUCGCUUAAUUCCAUGAAAGAGUUUGAACAGUUCGAGAAAGAUACCAAUCAGGCGGCUACGCCCCGCAGUCCGCUUCGUAAGAUAUCGGCAUUGCUGCGGAAAUUCAGCUCCAUGGGCGAGUCCAUGAAAAUGAGUUUGGAGGGCGAUGCCUCGGAAUGUGGCACUCCUAUACGGCACAGUGGAGAUGCCAAGCGAUUGUUCGCCCACCUCACGCCCAAUCUGCCAGAGGCCAAGAAGCGCAAUACCCAUCUCUUUGGGGAUAUGGAGAUGGAGCAGGAGAUGGAGGCGAGUAUUGCCAUUAAAGAAGUGACGGCAGCGGUGGACAUGAACUUUGACUUGACCUUGCAGCCCGUGAGAGGCCUUAUUGGCGAGCACAUGUCGCGACCCACUGUAUUCGAGGAGAGACCCAUCACCGUUUCGGAUGUGUCCGCCUACUUCCAAAAUCAGUCGGGCAAGGUGAAGAAGGAGCCGGCUGAGGGUACGAUAGAGGUGGAGCACGGGGAGAAGCGCGACACUUGCCCCAGGGACAGUGGAAGCUCCACAGACCGUUCGUUCAAGAGCUACGCACCCACAAACAAGAGGUUCAUCAAUCUGUCCGGGGACACGACCAUCUUUUCGGCUGCCAUAGUGGAGACCAUUGACGUGGAUCAACCGGAGAACAACCAGAUAGACAAUGUACGGCUCAGUUUGGUCUCCACUCUGGCCGAUGAGCCGGACACGGAUGAGGAGGCACCGGUUGAGGACGCCGUGGCACUGCCCAAACAGCCUGAGCCUCAGCCUCAGCCAGAGCCAGAGCCUGAGCCCUGCCAGGAGCAACAGGAGAGCUCUCGAGUGGUGGCUGCUGGGUCCAGUGCGUCCUGCAGGAGGUGUGCUAACUGCAGGAGAUCCCUGAGUGAGCCAAGGCUGAGCAACGACUCCUUUGUCCUGCCCACCCAGCCGCAGUGGGAUCUGACGCGGGAAAUAGAAAUGCUGCGCCGCGUGAGAGCGAAGCCCAACCUGGACGACGUGCACAAGUACUGGCAGAUGAAGGAGCAGGAGAGGCGGACGAUCGCCCUGGAGAAAGAGCUGGACAGUUCGAGUGAGGCGUCCGAGGAGGAAGAGUUCAGCGAGUGGGACGUGAACGAGGUGAUGGCGACCUACAAAGGGGAAAUGGAAAGAUUCAAGCGCAAUCUGGCCGACAACCAGGAAGUGCUUCAGCAGAUGCUCGUCGCACUGGAACCAGUGGAAACGUUCUUCGAUCGCCUGCACGACCUGUUGGGCGAGCAGCAGCCCAACUGGAUAUUUGACUACCAGCUAAAGGUCUCCCGGAAAUUGAUCUUCACCCAUCGACUGCUCACCACCUUCCGCCUGAUCGUUGACUACGAGACUGUGGACGACUUGGAGACAGCCAUACGGGUGUGCGACAUCAAUGUGGAACAGGCCACAGUCAUUCUGCCACUGCAGAGCUGGACGGCGUUUGAGCACCUGCUCGACUUUCAGCUGCAGCUCAAGCUGCCAGUAAAUCUCACCGACUCGAUCGAGGGCAGCAGCGUGGAGGCCUUCGCACAGUUUCUGCAACGCAUAAAUGCCAUUUGUGUGGACAUACUACGCACAUUCCACAAGCUAUUGACGGUGCUCACAGCAACAAGGACGAGUCUUCUAAGGCAAGUCAAUCGAAUCGUUGUCAAAAAGACUGUGCGCCGGCACAUUGAGGUGGAUACACGCACGCGCAUGGAGAAGACCGAUUUCGUGAUUGAAAUCGGCAAUGUCGAGGCAAUUUCGUUCAGGGAUAUUCUGCAGCCAAAGCUACAUUUCUUCAACGAAAAUAUUCAGUUUCUGCCAACGGGAGUGGCCUUUUUGGAAGCAUUUCUAGAUCAUCCCGAACAGUAUCUCAAAGUUUAAUCGUUUUUAAAGGUACAAAAUAAUAUAAUAUACUCCUAAAUAGAUUGUUAUUUUUUUAACCACA